CGAGGGGCCAGAUUGGGCGUCGGCUCCGGAUCCUCGGGCUCCCGCUCCGCUCUCCUUUUCUGGCAUGGCCCCCUCCAACUGGGGCUGACCGCCGGCCAGGUAAAAGGAGGGGGUGCGUGAGGAGGAGUCGGACCCAAGGGGCCCAGCCCCAGCAGAGUGGAGCUGGCCAGGACUGAGGACCCUCCCGGGGCCCAAGGAUCCCCCUAAAGGAUGCCCAUCCUGAAACAGCUGGGCCCGGCCGUGCCCAAAAAGCGCCUGGAUCGAGAUGCCAUCUCGGCCCCCCUGGGGGACUUUCGGCACACCAUGCAUGUGGGGCGCGGGGGCGAUGCCUUUGGGGACACGUCCUUCCUGAGUCGCCACGGCGGCGGAGGCGGGGGUCCCGGCCCCUCCCCGGCCCCGUCCCCGGGCCCGUCCCCGGCUCCCUCGGCCGCCCCAUCCCCCGCGCGCCCUGCCCUGCCACCCCCCACGGUUCCCCAGCCCCCGCGGCCUUCGGAGGGCCAGGCCGAGUCCCGGGCGGCCGCGGGAGACCCGUUUCUGUCCUUUCACCUGGAUCUGGGGCCUUCCCUCCUAGAGGAGGUGCUGGGAGUGAUGGAUCGAGGGGGGGCCCUAGCGGAUGCAGGCGCUGCCUCGAGUGCCCCCAACGGGGGGCUGCUGCCCUCCCAGCGGGGCUUCGGCUCCGAGGAGGACCUGGAUGAAGUUAUCGGGCUGUAGCGGGGCCGCCAGGAGACGCUUCUCUUCCAGAACCCAAGCCUCGGCCCAGCCUUGCUCCAGAAGUUUUUAUACGAUGCCCCCUGUAUAGCACCCUCUUCCCUCCCCCUUCCCCUCCAUGCCCAGCCGCUGCUCCCCACCCCCCGAAAUCUUUAUAUAUAAAUAGCAUUUAUUUCGGC